AUGGCUAACCGGAAACAUCGCGAAGUCAACAAUCUCGCCGAGGACCUCGGCCCCUACUACAGCCAGCCGGGCCGCCGCGACAUGUCGCAACGAAAUCGGAGCGGCCGCGGCUCCAACCGCAACAACGGAGGUGCUCACGGCGAGGAGGUCCAGAUAUGGGACGAGGUCAAAAUAUCCUUCAACGACCUCAUCAGCGGCAUCAAUUCCGACAACGACAACCUGGGCCAGCUGGUCAGCAUGGACAAGCAGGCCGGCACGAUGGACUCGGACAGCGUGCCCACCGACACCAUGAAGCAGAUGGAGGAGCUGUGCCGAUCCGGCGUCAAACGCUCCGAGGACAACAUCAACGCCGCCAAGAACCUCAUGGAGCGUCUCAAAGUGAUAAGAGCAGUUGUCAUGGCCAAGGAGCAGGCGGAAGCACCACCCACGGGGCCAUCUAAGAGAUCCACCACCAGGACCGACAGUGCUGCCGCUGCCGCCGCCUCUCUCUACGAAUUCAACGAACCGGGCGACUCCCCAGUGCCCAGCCCCAUGGUGGGUUCGUCUCGAAAGCAUGGUGAGCGGAGCAGCACCAUUGAUAGAAACAGCAUCCCACCCAAGGCGGAUAGUGUCGAACCCCCGGGGUCCAUAAGCGGUGCUGCGGGGAGCUCGACCAACAAAUCCAAGAUUCUCUUCUCCAAGGGCGACGAGGUGGCCUUCAAGCCCAAGGCUGUCAAUGGCGAACAGACUUCAGAUUGGAUACUGGGCGAGGUGGCACAGGUGCUUGGGGAGGGCAAGAGUCGGCGGUACAAGGUCAUCGACAUUGAGCCUGAUGAUCAGAGCAAGCAAAAGGAGUACCGCUCUAGCGCCAGCAGCAUGAUUCCCAUUACCCCGGAAAGCCAGGCCAGCUCGCUCAAGGAUUACGAAGCCGGCCACGUGGUCCUCGCCCUUUAUCCUCAGACGACGACGUUUUACAAGGCCGAGGUUCACAGCAUGACAUCGACGGGCAAGGUUGAUCUCAAGUUUGAGGGCGAAAACGAUUCCACGACGCUACAGCAGGUGGAGCGAAGAUAUGUCAUCGAGUACAGGGUCUAA